UUACUUUUCUCCCUCAAGUUUCCCUCUCAUCGUCUGAUAAAUCUAGGGUUUUAAAGCAAUGGGUUUUUGAAAAUUUCCGAUCUUUCUUCGCCCCAAUUCUGUCAAAAUCAUCAGCCAAACACAUCACAGCAGUUGAAUCUCUGUUACAGGUAGCAAUGGCGUUUUCAUUCACGCCACAACAACAACAACCUUCACUAUUUCAACCCCAACAACAACAACAGCAAUCGCCGUUUCAACCGAGUGGCGGCAUCCCCUUCUUUCAACCACAGCAACAACAGCUUCUGCAACAGCAACAGCAGCAAUUGCAGCAGCAACAGAAUCAACUUUUUCUGUUUACAAAUGAGAAGACUCCGGCUACCUACGGGACUAAAUGGUCCGACCUCCAUCCCGAUUCUCAGAAGUUUCUCCUUCAAAUCGAAGAGAGAAUACUGGAGUAUAGAGAUGAAAGCCAACGUUUGGAUCAGUGUGGAAGACUCUAUGAUUCUUCAGUCUCCAAUGAUGGCUUUGAGCUUGAUGCAAGUCACAUUGUUCAGGAACUUGGUGGAAUCACUACAGCCAUGGAUCGACAAAAGCUUCUGUUACAAGAACUCACAUCAAAUGUCAAAGACAUGCUAAGAAACACAGAGAUUGCUGUUCGUUCCUUCAUGAUCCUCCGUUCCAGGUUUCAACACCCAAACAAAGCCACCACCACAACACCACCACAAGCUCCCGGAGCUCCACCAACCACCACCACCACCACCACUCAACCUACAACCUCCGCCAUAGUACCUGUAUAUGAUUUCUACACCGGCCUCCCUCGCAAACCCUCCCCAUUCUUCCAACAAACAGUUGCCAGAUUUGAUAAAUAUCUUCACGAAUGCCGCCAGUGGGUGGAGGAAUUAGAACAGCUGCUUCUAGAAUCUUCCAAGAACAACUCCAUGAAUUCCAACCCUUCGUUGCUUGAAUCUCUUCCAAAAGUCAUGUCAAACGUUCAUGACUUCUUUGUGUAUGUAGCAUCAAAGGUGGAGAGUAUUCAUCAGUAUAUGGAGUCGAUGAAAACCGCAUAUCUUUCUGAUCAACGUGGAAGAGGAGACACAAACGAUCCGUUUCUCGAGGCUGACCGGAGAGAAACCGCGAAACGGGCAGCUGCUGCCCGAAGGGUACAUCCGACAUUACAUCUCCCAUCUAACUCACAGCCAUCUGGCACGUUACUUGCCAGCUCAGCAACACCUGCUGCUGCCACGUCAUCUGCUGCUGCUGUUGCUACUCCACCUGUGGGGGCUGCUGCCAAUGUGGCGUCUGGUUCAGGGCUGUUUAGUACUCCGUUUGGUGCCACGUCAUCGUCUUCUUUGUUUUCAACUCCUGCUCCUUCUGCCCCGUCAUCAAAUUUGUUUGGAUCGAGUGGCGGGACCCCUCAAACAUCGAUUUUUGGGGCGUUUUCGACUUCGACACCUGCGUUGGGGCCCACAUCGACAGGUGGCGGAUCCCUGUUUUCUACACCGUUUGCUUCAAAUCCCGCAAGUGGAGCCUCCACAUUUUCUACACCAUUUGGUACAGGGGCAGCAACAGGAUCAGGGGCAAGCUUUAAUACUCAAUCAAAAGCAAGAGGUAAAAGUCGCACAGGAAGGAGGUAAUGUCGUUUUUUUUUACCAUUUCUUCUCGUUGUUUUUUUGUUUCGUUUUUUUUAGAGCAUUUCAACUAAUUAUUGUAAUUUGUACCCGAAAAAAAUGUGAAAAUUGAAGAUCAAUGAGAUCCAUUGUUUUAAAUAGUAAACAUAUAUUUUUCCUAA